ACAAAUCCAGCGACAAGAAUGAGUGUAUCGAAAUCCUUCAGUCCUCGCCUUACGUGUGCUCUGCUGCUCUGGCUUUGCGGAGUUGGCAUUGCGUUGGGAUUUGUGAGCGAGUCGCAUCCGGAGAACAGUUCCGUGACAUUCUGGCAGCGUGUCAAGGCCAGCUUCUCGGAUUUUCACUGGCAGCAGACGCAGCCAGAGGUGGAAACUCCGGAGACUAUACAAAAGCGACGCGAGAUAUGGCAGCGGCUGACUAUGGCAAGGAUUUUGUAGGAAAUGCAUUAGCCUAUUAUUGAGACGAGUUCAAAUAAAGUGUAAUCGAAUGGA